UCUAGUUUGGAAAGACUGGGAUGUCCUCCAGAGGUUUCACUUACACAUUGCAUAUGUAUGCUGGAAUCGUACUGUGUGUCCUUUACAGCAGAGCAUCUUGCUGUCCGUAAUCUCUCCUUCUAUUGUGAUCAGGAGGGUCCCAGUUAUCCCAGCAUCUGCUGACUGCAGCUGAAGGCCUCUGCUGUAGUUUAGUUAAGGACUUUUCUGGGUCAUGUGCUAGAAGUCAGUGGAGGGACUUGUGUGCUAGCCUUGUUUCCACAUCAUAAAGCCUGAAGUGUAUGCAUAAGUCAGUGUACGCUGUCAUUAGUCAAAUGAGAAAUUGCGUCUUUGUGAACUAGGGAAAAAUGUAAGCUGCUGCAUUAGCAAGUUAGAACUUAAAAAUGUGUAUUUUGAAUUUCUCAAAAGCAAGGUGGAACAGACUGUUGUUGUUAUCUGUUAGGUGCACGUAAGAACUACGUUGAACCUCUGUUCAGUGUGGAACUCCUGGGCUUUUUUUGAUCAUAAUCUGCCCUCCCUUCUUCACUGCCUUUGUACUCACAUUGUGAUGACCCUACUGCUGCUCUUAAUGAGUGAUUACAGAGGGGGGAAUCUUCACAGCAAAGGGACAGGAGGCAGCAGACACAAGGUGUAGUAAUGGGAACUCUAGAAAUAGAAUGAGGAAAAAUAUUUGCACCAUGAAGGUAUUCAAGCACUGGAUUGGGGGCUUGAAGAAACUGUGGGAUCUCUGUCUGUGGAGAUCUUACAAACUGGACUGGACAUGUCAUUGAGAAACCUGAUUUAAUUGGUUAGUUAGGAAGAGGUUGGACAGUAUAAAUUCCAAUAUAAAUUAUCCUGUGAUGCUCUUCAAGAUGAGGAAGCAGCAUUGCUCAAGGUAGAGUUGACUGUUCCUAAGGGAAGGCAGUGCUUUAGCUCUUAACCUCUGUGGCUGGUAGCACAGAACAUGUUAGAUCUUAAUUUCUGUUGCAGGUUAGCACACAGAUAUGGAAGUAAAGUUUAAAAACUGAUGAUUGCAUUUGAGGUAUUGCAUUGAACAUUAUGGGCUAAAGGACACGUAAUAUUUUGCAAGACUGACAUGUGUGAACAGGACUUUAAAUUUACUUGAUGGAGGAUUUGGGGUUUGGGGAAAGCCAUAAACAAUUAAAAAUAUAUAAUAAGUGGGAGAGUAUAGCUAUAAGUGUUCUUUUAAGCUACAUAAUCACCUCUCAGUUUUGAUGAAAUGCUUCUGUCCCAUAACUCAUGCUCCAUAUUGUUCUCUAGGUAGUAGGUGGAGCCAUUGGAGAAGUCCAGGCAUACCAAUCUGGAGAUGACAGGUGGAAAUGAAUCCUGUACUGCAGGACCAACAUCUAUGUCCUACUUAUCUUGCCUGACUUACAUUCUGGAAGAAUGGACCGGUGUGGAGGAUAUUGGAGAUUAUCUGAGUUAUGCAUUCUACAUUUUGUGGUUGCUUUUUCCACUUGUAGUAGUCUUUGUACUUCCAGGAGUUAUCGUCAUUCUCUUCUACGUUUCCAUUCUCUGGCUUCAUAUUUAUAAAAGGAAGAAUGAAAUAAAGGAAGCUUAUUCCCAUGAUGUUUGGAUAGGUGCAAGAGAAAUGUUGGCGACCAUAUGGGAUGGACAUGGAAGAAUAUGGCAUGGUUAUGAGCUUCAUGGUGUGGAAAAUAUUCCUCAAGGACCAGGACUCGUUGUGUUUUAUCAUGGAGCUACUCCUGUUGAUUAUAUCUAUUUCUCAGCUAGACUUCAUAUAAUGAAGAAGAGACGCUGCAGCGUAGUAGCUGAUCAUUUUGUCUUCAGAUUACCAGGUUUUAGAAUACUACUUGAGGUAUUUGGAGUUAUACAUGGACCAAAAGAAGCUUGUGUCAGGACUCUGGAGCAGGGCCAUCUGUUAGCCAUUGCCCCAGGUGGGCUGCGGGAGGCACUCUUCAGUGAUGAAAUGUAUACUAUUUUGUGGAGUGAUCGGAAGGGCUUCGCUCAGGUGGCCAUUGAUGCAAAAGUGCCCAUCAUUCCUAUGUUUACACAAAAUGUUCGAGAAGGCUUUAGGACAUUAGGAGGAAUAAAAAUACUUAGGUCACUAUAUGAGCGUAUUAGAUUGCCAGUAGUUCCUCUGUAUGGGGGAUUUCCUGUCAAGCUACGUACAUUUAUCGGAGAACCCAUUCCAUAUGAACCAAAUAUGACUGCUGAAGAACUAGCUGAAAAGACAAAAGCAGCAGUCCAAGCUCUCAUAGAAAAACAUCAGAAAAUACCAGGAAAUAUAUUUAGGGCUUUAAUGGAACGAUUUCAAACACAAAAGAAAGAAGAUUAAGGUCUUCUGAACUUAAACUUCUAUAACUACUAUUUAGUUAUAAUAUUCUUAAAGUGACAUUUGUAAAUUAUUCAUUCUUCUAAUAAUAGGUUUUAAAUACUGUCCUAAUGAUACUGCUGUAUAAUUUAAGAUAGAAGUCACUUGCCCUUGCCCUUUCCCCUGUCCACUAUCAAGCUCAGUAACCCAAACUUCAAAUCAUUCAUAAUGGGGCAAAGUUUAAUUUUUCAUAAAUGCAUUCCUACCUUGGAAGUGUCUGGGUUGUUGAUUCUGGGUUUGUUUUGGGGUUUUCCUUCCAAAUAGUACUGUGCAAGCUUUUAUGUAUAUGGUCUGUCUUCUUUUGGUCUGUCAUUGUCACCCAUCCCCACCAUGAUGGAUCUCUAACCUGAAUGUCAAACCCUCUGCAGAGCUAGAAUCUUUCUGUCUUGACCCUCAUCAGUGUCAGGUGGUUUUGUGGGCCGCCAUACAGCACGUUUGAAAACUUUCCUGAGAUUGUUACUCUCACACUGCUGGGAAACUGUCCACCACUUUUGGCCUGCAGAACCUCUACCAAUGCCUGCAAAACCUGUGUUGCAGAGUGUUUAGUUUUGCUGGGUGAGCUCAGAAAGGGUUCAGCGGAGUGAAAACUGAUUAGAGAACUACAGUGAUCCAAGGAGGUUUGUUAUGGAAACCACUCCAGUGCUGUGAAUGAGAGCCCUACAACACAACUGCUAUUCCAAGCCAAGGCAAAAUGGAUAUCUGCCUUUGAGUAGAGACUUGUCCCAUUUAUUUCUCAGUGAAUCUAAAAAUUCUCUUUUGAACAAUGAGCCAAGCAUUCAAACGUCAAGAGGUAGAGAUGAGAGUACUGUAUAGUAACAUGAGCUCAAAAAUUUGUAUUUUGAUAGAAAAAGAAAAUUGUUACAACACUGUAAAAGCAGUAGUUCUUUUGUAAAACAGGACUGGCAUUCCCAAAUACCCUUUAGAUUUAGUAUGUGGGUAAACUAUUAAAUAUAUUCUUCAAACAGUUAAUUAUGUAAGUUUAAUAAUGAAGGAAGGGAAGUUCUGUAUACUUGCCUUAAGUGAAAACAAUUGAAUCGACAGGAGAGAGUUGCAAGAUUGGGCUUUUGUGCACUUAAAAUGAAUUAUAUUAUUAUAUUUUUUAUUAGCUAAAGCCUAUGGUUUUAUUGUCCAAAUAGGAAAUAUCUGAAAUAUUUCCUCUAAUUUCCAGGAUUUUUAAUCUACAGUUCUUAAAUUAACAUCUGGGAACUUUUUAGUUCUGGGAUGAGGACAAAUUCUUUCAGAAAAGACAAAAGAAGAUUUUGCUGUAUGAUGUGGUUGCCUUUCAAUAUUGUUGAGGUUUAAACUUUCCUAAAAAAAAAAAUACCCCCCUCCAAAAAAAAAACAACAAAUUAGCAUCAUUUGAAGGAGAAGUUGUAUUCAAUGUAUUAGUCAUUCCUCUCACCAUUUAAGCACAUACUUAUGCUCUUUUAAAUGUGUAAAUCAGUGACAUGGCUUAAGUGCAGAUGGGUGAUGCCCUAUGUUAGAAAAAUAUCACAUAAUGGCAAAUUGUCUAUCAAAAGUGGUUUACAAGACGCAAAGGGCAUACUUAUUUUGAUAUUAUUUUAUACCAAAAACAUGGUGUUAAAUUUUUUCAAGUUCUGGGAAGAAUCAUGGUGUAUAAAAGCAAAUGCCCAUUCUGAAGUUUUUUAAAUGACUUGGGUUUUACUUGAAGGCGAAAUUGUGUUCCUUUUAUUUUCUUGGACUGUGUUUCAAAUAUACUGCCAUUAAAAGUGAUAAUGCUGAAUUCCUGCACUGAAGUAUAACUUAAGUAUGACCUUUUUUUACUGUCCAUCUUGAGAAAAAUGUACAUCAGUCUAUGUUGUGAGCAUCUCAAAGGCAGCUGAACAUCUUUUGUGUUGAAGUUGCAUAUAUGUAAAAGAGAACUCAGUCUAAAAGGUUCUGUUAGACAUGAACAGACAUUGUUAUCAGAGAUUUUGCAAAAUUUAUUUUAUUAAGUAUGUGGGCUAUUUGCUGCAAUUUUGUCCCUUUAAGUAUUGAAAGAUCAGUAUAAAAAAUGAAGGGCAGUAUUGGUACUAAGUGUUCAUAUUUGUAUAGGCCUUUCAUAUUUAUUUCUAUUAUAUAUUAAAAAUAUAAGAAGACACAUUUUGAAUAAAAUUGACAACUGGAGCAGA